AUGGUUUCCUGGUUUGCUCUAGUAGUCCGUCUAUACAUCAAAUACAUCCGACGCUCCAAACAAACCUUUGGAAAUGCCCAAACCAUGCGCAAAAGCCUCCACAAUCUCCAUCUCCACCCCCAAUCUUUCAACCCGCCAACCAACCCGGGCCACGACAUAACCAUCCACCGAGAAGACGUCAACGAAUGGCCAUUAUACCGAGUCUCCCCGCACCCUCCCCCUCCAGGUCCAACCCCCUCUCCAUCACCCUCCCGCGCAAUCCUCUACAUCCACGGCGGAGCAUUCUACCGCGAAAUCGACCCCUACCACUGGAAACUCACCAUCCACCUCGCGCGCUCAACCGGUCUAGACGUGCUAGUCCCCAUCUACCCCUUACUCCCGCGCCCCACAGCAACAGCACAUCAAGUCGUCGACGGCCUCCUCUCAAUCUGCCGCCUAACCCCUCACACCAUCGUAAACAUCACCGGCGACUCCGCAGGCGGCUGUCUCGCGCUCGCCACAACCCAACAUCUCGUUUCCACCUUCCCAGCCCUCGCCCUUACCCUCUCCUCUCUAAUCCUCAUCUCCCCCGUCCUCGAUCUAACCCUCUCACAUCCCGAAUGCGUGCGUCUCGACCACAUAGAUCCCUGGCUCGGCAUCGACGGGCUGCGCGUCCUCACCCCGCUGUGGGCUGCUGGAACGUCCGUUACAGAUCCGAUUGUGAGUCCGCUGUUUGGAGAUAUCGAGGGGCUUCCGCCCGUUUUGAUGCUCUCCGGUACACAUGAUUUGUUGAAUUCCGACGCCAGACGGCUUAGUGCUAAGGUUCUGGGGAAGAAUGGGAAUGCGGGGGAGUGGGUGGAUGAGAGGGAUUGGGUGGGAGGGAGUGUGAGGGUUGAGGAGCGGCGGUUUGUGUAUGUCGAGGAGGGGGGGAUGAUUCAUGAUUAUGCGCUGCUGCCGCAUCCGGAGGGGGAGCGGGCUAGGGGAUUGAUUGUGGAUUUUAUUUUGGGGAAUAUGGUUUGA